AUGGCGAAUUAUGUCAGUAUUACAUCUCCUCAUCGUGAGACAAUCGUAAGUGAUCAUAAGUAUCGUUUACGAUAUUUCAAAACUCCAGCUUGGUGUCCGUACUGUGAAGAUUAUAUUUGGGGCUCGGGAAAUAUUGGUUAUCAAUGUACGAACUGUGGAGACUAUUUUCAUGUGGAAUGUACAUUAGUUUUAACAACAGGAUCAUGUCCCGGUUUGAGUGCAUGUCAUCCGAAUAAUCGAGCGUUAGUCACACAUGAUUCCAGUAUACCUGUCUGUGACUGGACGGUUAAUGACGUGUGUGAAUGGUUAGCUGUUGUAAAUCUCUAUCGUUAUGCGCCGAAUUUCCAAUCGUUGAAGUAUGAUGGUGAAAUUUUAUUAUCGUUAACGGAUGAACAGUUGAAACACGAUCAUAUUCAUGAUGUGUUUCAGCGUCAAGCAAUAUUAGAUGCAAUUAAAGAAUUGAAAACGCGUGAUAAGUAUCGUCCGAUCUCGUUCGAACGUUUUCGUACGCAGUUGACAACAAAUAAUCACGGAGAUAAUUUCAUUUGUACGACAUUCUACGAACGAAGAACAUGUGAUUUAUGUGAAAAAUAUCUAUACGGAAUUAUUCAUCAAGGUUUACAAUGCAGUCGCUGUGGUCUUGUUAUGCAUCGGCAAUGUUCGAAAUUACCUUCGAAACGUUGUGUACAUACGAAUAAACAAUUGGAAUGUCAUAUAAUCAUUGGUACCGAUUUCAACGAUCAACCGAUUGAUACAAAAACGCAAUUGCCUAUUAUUAUCACACGGUUAUGUCAAUCUUUAGAAAUUAUGGUGCAAGAAAAUCCGGCAUUAUCAUUAAUUGAUGCCUAUCGAUUCUCCAUUGAAUCUGCACGUAUUGCUCAAUUAAGAAAAUUAAUUAAUGAUAAUGAUAUCGAACAAAUGGAUUUCAAAAGAAUGGAACUAUCUGAAUUAGCAAGUUUAGUUAAAGUUAGCUUGAAAGAGCCAGGAAUAGGUAUUAUACCUGAUGAAAACUAUGAAGAUUUCCUUCGAUUAGUCAAUGCUCCAACUCAAGUCAUUCAAGAAUUCGUUGUUAAUUAUUCCAUGCCUUUCUAUGUUGAUUUUCUCAAAUUUAUCAUGUGUCAUAUAAUUAAAAUCUGGAAGCUCGAUCAUGAAUUUACUAUGAAAAAUAUCAAUCAACAUCAUGCUGUUAAACCCUAUGAACCCGAACGAGUGGUCGACAAACUCGUUGCAAUAUUCAAACAACUCAUCUUUCGACCACCAUGGCCAAUGAUCAUGUCCCAUUCGCGUAACGACAAAGAUCAUGUACAUUUACUGAAACGUUUUAUCUAUGAAAUCGAUUGGGAUGUGGAACGACCACCGUUCAAUGCUUUUCAACAAACGCCACCGCUUGCCACAGUUAUUUCUCAAGAACAAUCACUUGAUCAAUGUCCAUGGUUUUACAAACGACAAGAUCAUCAGUUAUUAGUCAACAAACUUUCGACGAAUUCGAUUGCAAUUAACGAUGGUGAUUUUUAUGUGCGAUUUUCCACCGAAGCAAGUGUAUCGGCACCUUUCACGCUCGUUGUCCAACUCGAUGGUCAACAACGAUUUAUUAAAAUCUGUAUGAAUAAACAAGGUCAAUACGGGUUUUCGUUAAACUCAUGUUUUUUCUCAUCAAUACAAGAACUAAUUCAGUAUUACACACAGAAUUCGUUAUCAAAACACUUUCCUAUCUUAAAAUCCGAUAUGAAAUUGAAUAAACCCAUCCGUCGUGAUAUAUUUCUAUCCAAUACCGGCUAUGAUGACACCGAUAGUUAUGCUGCUGGCCUCUCGAACAUCAAACACGAUAUUAAUCUUUUGCGUAUUACACUAUUAGAAUUAACCAACAAAUAUACAGAAAUGGAGCAGGAGUGUUCGUCAUUGAAAGUUGAAAUUGAUCAAAUUACAGCGUACAUGAGUGAAAUACAACGAUCAACUAUGGCAUACGGAAGAAUUCAAAUGAUUUACGAAAAACAAAUGAAACUGAAUCGUGACAAUUUCCUACAGUGUCAAAAAGCAACAGAAAAAAGUGAAUUUGAUCGUUCAUUCAAGUAUCUUGAACAACGUGUCGAACAAUUUGUCAAUAAUCUCAAAGGAUUAAACGAAACUUACACUGAACGGCAACUAAAACGCGAACAACUAGUUAAAACACUCGAAAAAAUCAAAGUCGAAAUGGUCACCUGCGAAAACAAGAUCGCCAUGUGUGUUAAACUAGUUGGCGAUAAAAAUGUCGAGCAACAUGAAAUUAACAACUUUCUCGGUCUGCCAACUGAUGAGCCAUGGUAUUUAGCAAAUAUUACACGCGAAACGGCUCAUAAGUUAUUAAAACCAUGCGGCGAAGGAACAUUCCUUAUUCGUACAUCAUCUAAUGGCUUAUAUGCAUUGACAUUAGUUCAUAAUAAUACAAUUUAUGAUUGUCGCAUUGGUCGUGAUCCAGCGAACUCCUACGCCUUUCGAUUUAUUGCCUCCAAUGUACCUAAAAAUGCGCAGGCAACUACAAUGAAUGGAAACUUUAGUGCUUAUUGUGAUCGAUCAUUUUACUCAUUGAAGGAUUUAGUAGAAUUCUAUAAGAAAAAUUCAUUGGCUGAAAAUAAUCCUGAUUUAAACACAUGUCUAACAGUGCCGAUUAAAUUGCAUGCAAACGUCAAAAUAUAG